AUGGCUACAUCUAUUAUAAAAUUGCACACUUUUUCUGGUGCGUGUGACAACUUUCCUCCAUGCUACAUACUUCAAGUUGAUGACUUUUAUUGUCUCCUUGAUUGUGGUUAUUCGGAGAUAUUACCCGAAUCCCGAAUUGCAGAGAUCGGUAAAUGGGUAAAAAAGAUCAGUGCAGUUCUCAUCAGUCAUGCGAGCUUACGGCAUCUUGGCCUUCUACCAGUUUUGUAUGGUAAGUAUGGCCUUCGUUGCCCGGUGUACACUACUAUUCCCGUUUGCAAACUUGGUCAACUCGUGUGCUACGAUGAAUUCCAAUCCAGAUACCUUUCGAAGGAUUUCAAACUCUUUGCGCUUGAUGAUAUUGAUAAUGUCUUCCGUCUGGUUGUUCCGGUCAAAUAUUCCCAAACAACAAAUCUUCAAGGUAAAGGUCGUGGUCUAAGUAUCACUCCCCUUCCUUCUGGUCACAUGCUUGGUGGAACAAUUUGGAAAAUUGUCAAAGAUGAGACUGAUAUUAUCUAUGCGGUUGAUUUUAACAAUGAAAAGAGUCGCCAUCUUAAUGGUGCUGCUUUGGAUGCUUGUAUCAGACCACGAUUACUCAUUAUUGAUGCCUCAAAUGCUCUCUACACAAAUACAAUGCGCAAAGAUCGCAAUUCAUUAUUGCGAGAUCUACUUCUCAAAACACUUAGACGUGGUGGUAAUGUUCUAAUCGCAGUUGAUAGUACAGGAUUUUCUUUGGAGCUGGCGUAUAUACUUGAUAAUCUUUGGCAUAGUCCAGAAUCUGGGCUCAUGGCUUAUGGCCUGGCUAUGCUAUCUUUCGUCGGGGGAAAUGUUCUGGAUACCACAAGAGCUCUAAUUGAAUGGAUGUCGGAAAGAAUCCUACGAUCUUUUGAGGAUCAAAGAAAUAAUCCUUUCCAAAUGAGACAUCUUCAGGUUUGUCAAACUCUAGAUCAACUUGAUCUCGUGGCAAAUCCAAAGGUCAUUUUGGCAACUGAUGCAAGUUUGCGAGCAGGCUUCUCCCGACUUCUUUUUGCCGAUUGGGCAGACAACGAAUUGAAUAGCAUCAUUCUCACUUCUCGAGAUGGAGAUUUCCGUGAAGCCGCCGAUUUCUCUGUCUUCGCCGACAAUCGCAUCGAACCUCCUGUCUCUCUAGGUCGUCGACUUAUUGGUCUAGCCAGAAUGGAGGACUGGGCUCGAGAGGGUUUAGCCAUGGCAGAUGAAGACACCCUUCUCGUCCCCCUUCAUCUCUCCCAACGAGUCCCUGUCUUUUUGGAAGCAGAAGGCGAUGGGAAUACCAAUGAAAAUCCAAACGGUGAUGCAUCAAGACGUGGAUCGGCUGUGGAAGGUCAGACUGUGCCCCCUACUCCUCUUAAUGCCAAAGUUUACGACGAAGACCAGAAUAAUGACGAUGACGAGGAAGAGAACGAUGAAAAUGGUCUUUCCGAGGUUGUCACGGGAGAUGGGGUGAUAAAUUUUCAACCAUAUCCCUUCCUUCCGUCUCAACACGCCGGAGUUUUGACCCAUGGAAGGCAUUUAGCAUGCUACGAUAUUGUGAAUGACUCGAAUCCUCGUACGGGGGGUCAAUUUUUCCGAUCGGCUAAAUUGGCAAAUCUCACGUUUCCCAUUCAUAGUCGGAUAAUUCAAUGGGAUGAAUACGGAGAGAAAUGUGAUACAACAGUAUAUCGGCUGUCCAAUGAGCAUGAAGAGACUAAGAUGUCACCGGAUAAGAAACGAAAACGUCUGGAAGGGGUGAACUUGGCUUCUAAUCGUAACAGAAGUAAUAGGAAUUCCAGAGUACAGCCAACAACGAAUGGAGCAAAGAAGAAAGCUGGAGUGGACUUAGCAACGGCGCCAAUGGAGAAGUUGUUGAAUCUGUUGGUUCUGCAGAACACGUCGAGUGUGAAUGUCAACUCCCCCGAAUUCCAAAUUCCCAACAAUAUGACUACGAAGUGCGUCUCAGAGGAGUUGGAGAUUCCUCUCAGGUGUGAAGUCAGCUUCAUUGACUUUGAGAGUCGUUCGGACGGCGAAUCCCUGCGCAAAAUUAUCACAGGUUUACGACCCCAUGAAGUGAUUGUAAUCGGUGCCACUCAAGCCGCUGUGAACGCUGUUGUCGAACACUGUCGCAGUGACCUUAAUCUGCGUAAAGAGCUCAUUCACACUCCCUCGGGGGUUGACGUGGUCAAUUGUACCAAGGAGAGUGACAUCUACCAGGCUCGUAUGAAAGACAGUCUGGUGAGACGUCUUCGUUUCACCAAGAUCCGCGAGUAUGACCUUGCUUGGGUUGAUGCCGACAUUUCAACCGGUGAUGAGAAUAACACCGAGGGAGGUGUGAUUGGAAUCAUCUCAGAAGGUGUCUCGGCUGAUAAUCUGCCAGUUCUCAAUCCUCCGGCACAUUUAAUUGAAGACCACUCUACUGUUUUUGUCAAUGAGCCAAGACUUUCUGAUAUGAAACAACUGCUCCUUGAAAUGGGUCUUCAAGCAGAGUUCAACAGCGGUGCUCUAGUGGUGGAGAACUGUGUGUCAAUAAAGCGUACACAGACGGGAAAAAUGACUUUAGAAGGGAUCAUCUCGCCGACAUACUUCACAGUUCGAGAUCUCCUCUACCGCCAAUUUGCGAUUCUCUAA